AUGGAUGACUUAUUCGAAAAAGGAAUCUAUGCAGUUGGUACUGUCCGAAGCGACAGGAAAGAUCUUCCUAGUAUCUUAAAAAAAGUUCAGCCGAAGAGUUUGCGGUUAGAGAAACAGCAAUUUGCUGCAAUCACUGCUGGUACAAUUACUGCGAUAAAAUGGCAUGAUACCAGAGACGUGUCUGUUCUGACUACCGCUCACCAAGAGCGUGCCGUAGUAUUUGUGAAAAGGACACAGAAAGACUGCUCGAGGCAAAAUAUUCCCUGCCCUGAGGCUAUUGCUGAUUACACCCUUACCAUGGGUGGUGUGGAUCACUUUGAUCACUUCCGAUCUUCUUAUCCAAUAGAUCGAAAAUCACGGAAGUACUGGAUGCGAUUAUUUAUUUUUAUGUAUGAUUCGGCAAUCAUCAAUGCAUACAUAGCAUUUAAUACAGCUCAUGUAGUAAAUACCCAUUCACAUAGAAAUUUCCGCUUGAAAUUAGCUCGCAGUAUGUUAGAUAACUUUACAAAGAAGAAGAAUAAGCCAAUAGUGUUCAAGAACAAGAGGUAA